UCAACUUACAUUGAGCUCCUCUUGAAGCAACUUGAAUAAUAAUAAGAAAAGUCAAGCCAACCGCGCACCUUGCAUCAGCCAACAACUCAAAAUAUGGCCAGCAAACCGAUUGAGGUGCCCAUGCAGGCCUAUGCCGGCCGGCUGCUCAUCAUCGAGAAUCUGAUUGUGCCCGAUCUCAGUGACGACGAGAAGUUGUCGGCGGGCAAGAAAUCAUUUGCGGGUCCCAAGUUUUCGGACAUGCCGCGCCCGUCGUUCUUCGAGCCGAAAGUUAUUGAGAAGACGCUGUUCAAGUAUUGCGCCGUGGAGGGCGUCACCAAGGACUUCAAGGACGACAUUUUGAAUGCCCUGCUCGCCGCCGUGGAGACCUAUGUGAAGUAUGUGAUGCUCUCGGCCAUCGAGCUAUGCGAGCAUCGCUCCGGUAACAAUCUGUACAACGAUCCACGCUGUGUGGUGAUGCACGAUAUGCGCACCACAAUGAUGUUUCUCAACGAUCGCGAGGUGGCCGACUACGGCUGCUCGGAUGAUGAUUCCACCUACGGCCAUCGCAGGCGCUGGAUGAAAUUGCAACGUAAUCGCUCCCACAAUUCGGGCGAAAACGAAAUGCGUCUGGAGUCAACGAAUUAUACGGCUAUGAUGGCACUGGGCGCUCGCAAGCCACUUCGACCGACUAGCUUUACCGCAAUCGGCGGACAGGCACCAGCUGGCGGUGCACAGCCGCCGCCGCCGCCACGUUCGUUCAUCAUACGCGUCAAGCACAUGAAUGUAAAGGAUAUAAUACAGUUCAUGGAGACGGAGAGGCGCUAUUACAGAUCCAGGUUGCUCUACGAUGCGUACUUAAACUAUAAGUGGUAGACGGAGAGAGAGAGAGAGUAAGAUAGAAAGAUGGAGAAGAGUGGAGGGAAGUGCGGCUUAGACAUGUCGCUGCACGCGCACUGCGAUUUCAUUUAUAAUCAUGUUCACUCUACAGUUCACUCUAGUUCAAUGAACUUCCUUUUGAAAUAAAUCAGAACAAAAGCCCAAG